AAUUUAUAAUUAAUCUUGUUCGACUCUCGCUAUUUAGCUGCCAAAAAUAGCGUCAACUACAACGCUAGAUUCAUAACAUUUGUUGAAACAGGCUCUGUAUUCAAUUUUCCGCAUUUCUUCAACAGUUUAUUUUUUAAAAUGAAAGACAAACCUAAAGCAAAUGUAACAACGUAAAAACUAAAUUUCAUGCUGUUCUUGAUGUAACCGAUCGCUUUUAAAUGGAGAACGGCACCUGCGAACCACAUGCCUUUUUCCCAUUUUUAUUGCGUGAUUAUUCUGCUUCUCAAGCCAUUCAGUUUCAUAAUUUCGCCUUCGUUUGGUCGCACUAGGGACAGGUGAUUUGUAAAUGUUCAAAUUUCCGUUAAAGAUUUGAAACCAUACAAGUUGUCCUGAUUAAAGACAUAACACAAAAAAGGCGCUUAAACGCGAUAAAACUUGUCCUUCGAUGGCAAAUUGUAGAGUAAAAAUUAAAAUGAAAUAUGCAAAAUCAAAAAAACAUCAAGCAUUUAUCAGCAACAAAAACAGUCGCUCCAUUUGGCAGUCACAUACUCUUAUAACAUGAAAAAUUAUCAUGUCAACAUGACAUCAUUCCCGACGAAAGUAGGUAACGAAAAUCCGAAUGCCAAUCAAAAGAAGUGUUAUCCUAUUAUGUCGCAAAAGGGUUUUAGUUACUGCAAACAAAGUUUUCGUGUCGCCCUCACGAAUCUUCGUUUGGGCAACUUUGCAAUUCCGUACAAUCGGUUUUUCUUCACCACUCCUAAAUGCUCCGAAUUAAGUUUUUCAAUUAGCAAUGUGCUCAAUUAUCUGAAAUGAUAAAAUCUUGUUUUAUCUGUUGUAAAGGGACUGAGAAAACGAGGUAGAAAACAAAAAGAACGCGCAAAGGUUGCCAUCGAUCGCGCGCGUUGUUAGUUCUCCAGUCCUCGUUGCUCGCACGCUGACUACACUGGAAACUUCACUUCAUAUACUCCGCGGCAUUACAAGAAAUUCUCACAAAGAGUUAACAGCUCUUCACAAAGGAAACGGCAGACUUGGGGAAAAAAUAGCUGUUAAAAUGCUUUAGUUUGUCGCUGUCCGUCGGCAGGGACUUAAAGUAAAUCGUGGUGUUGUUUAAAUCGACAACGUUUGUCGUUCGCUAGCGUGGUUUAAGUGAAAUGUCACUUGACUUCUACAGACGCCGUGCUGUGGUUGACAGGAUUUUUACCAAAAGCAGAUGAGCUAAACGAUCCCCAGCGUGUUGUUAAUGUAACUUCAAGCGCAAAUGGAUAUCAACACCCAUGGAAAUGGAAAAAUCAUUGAACUCCAGUCGAAAUUUUAAACUUCCACCGAUUCAAAGCGCCGUACCAGCGGCGAAUAUUCUUCGGCAACCAGCAAGGACAACUUGGCAACACGAUCAAGCGCGAGCCACAGCGGUUGCCUUACCUAAUCAAGGCUCAUCAAUUCAACCACGAACAGUUAUUCACAUCCCGAAGGAUCCAUUCCCUGGGCGAUACAGAAGUCCGCAUGUUAGUCACAACAUAUCGAGUGCAUCGACACAAAGACACGCUUCAAAUGCAGCGAUCGAGGAGAAUUACACCGAUUCGAAGUUAGAUUUCGCACCGCGCCGACAUCAGUUUCCACAAUCGUACUCUGUUCUCCCUCCGAUUCAGAAACCCAAAAAGCCACUCGAUAGAGGAAGGCAAGUAACCGGGACACAAGACAGAACUUCUCGCGACGAAAAAGAGAACAACAAUCUAACUGUUACUAAGAAACCAAUUGAGGAUAAUAGCUCACAAAGUGAUAAUCAAAAACGCCAUGAACUGCGAAAAGUUGGAAACACUAAUGGGAAAAUCGGCGACAAAAACCAUUACCGCGUUGAAGCGGGAAAAGAGUCAUCUUCUAGAACGAAACAGAAAACAGACAAUCAGGAUAACGAGACUGGAGAGAGAAAGCAGAGCCCUACGACGCUGUUGUUUUUAAAGGGAAAACGUAAAGGUCGAAGGGUCGGCGUGUGUGUGGAAAAUGAACCGGCUUUAAUCAACGUAACUGAACAGCUAAAAGAGAUCUUUCUCCGCAGAAAUAUGGAAGAAAUGUAUCUAAUCUAGCCGUGUGCACUUGACAACCGAAUUUCGAAUUGGCAGGUGUUAGUUUAAUUUCGUAAAAGCUGUAUUUGUUUACAGUUUAACGCAGCAGUGAGGACAGAAUCUAAAUUCACACUGAGGAAGUGGUGGAAAUCGCUUUGGAAAAAAAAUUCCUACAGGUCACGUUUCUUGCAUGAUAGGCCAUGUGAAACGUGAAAGUUUUCAAAGCCGUUGCUUCGUUGCAUCUCGGUUAUUUUCUGUCUUACACAGUGAUUCAAAAAUCAAGAACUUGGGAUUUCCCUAACAACCGAUAACAAUUAGACCAGUUUCUAAUUCUCGUUUCCCAGCUUCGCUUUUCAACUUUGAGUGUUCGCUCUUUGGCAAUGAAUUGAAUGAAAAAGUUCGAGAUUUUCCUUGACGAUGGAAAAAUUAUGCAUACGUUUAUUUCGUAAACAAAUUGGUGCGAUUACAAAUCGUUCACGAAGAAGGAAAAGACCGUUUUCUAUUUAAAUGGAUCCAAUAAUAUCUUACCUGUGAUAUAUUGUUUUACUUAUUACAACGUUCUAAGCAAAUAAGCGAAAUCUAUACCAGUUUGAACAGUUAAAAUAGAUCGAAAUCAAACUUAUUUAGCCUUUACGUUCAUUACUAAAGGGCAAAAACGUCUUGGCUGAUAUCGAACAGAGCAGAGUGUUUUUUGAAACAACGAAGCUUUCAUACUCAAAGUCUAACUCAGACAUAAGGUGCAACUUCUGAAAGACUGAAAGCCUUGUCGUGUUUAUUUAUAGAUUUGCAACAAGCUUUUGGAAACAUUUGAAAAACAACUAUUUAAACCGUUGAAUUCGCAUCUGGAGGUUGACCACAGAUAGAUUCCAUUCUAAAAUUUUUGUAACAUGAAGCUUACGGUGUUUCAAGAAUCCUUGAUGUAAAUAUGUAAAUAAAAGGUGAACCGCAUCUUAUUUGGUUUUCAUGGCAGUCAAAUUUCUGAUCAAAAGCGUUCCCAAGACAUUAAAGCGGAUUCUUAACUGUAUGGGUGAAUGGGACACGUUUUUGUCAUCUGAUGGCUAUUAUAAGAAACUUUACCCUAGUUAGCGAGCUCUGCCGGGAUGUGAGCUUCACUUUAACUUAAACAUAUGCUGGAAAAAAAAUUGGAAAACAUGUCAUUCUACGAGUGUAUAGGAGUACAAUUUUUUUUUUCCCGAAAGAACUUAUUUCAGGUUGAAAUUUAGAAUAGGUACUAAUUUUUCAGACUUCAUAUCCAGAGAAAUGAAAUGUCACAAAAACUGUUUGUAUAUUUGUUUAAACAUGAUUAUAUGUAAAAAAAAGCGCGACUGAUUAUCUAUAUAGUAGUUUGCGCUAUAUAAAUGUUAAAUUGUUGUUGUUGUUGUUGCAUGAAAUAGCCAGUGGCAAAAUCUGUUAUCUAGCAAUUGCAACAGAAAUAAGUUUACUUAAAAUAGCUUUAAAAGCCUUAUUUCUCAUUAAAAAUCGUAGGGAACUUUGAACAUAAGAACCCGCAGAUAAUGCCCGAUCGACUUAUUCGUGGAUUGUUAUCCUAUGCUAAUAUCUAUUCUAAAAAUUGUAGAAAAAGAAUUUCGGUGAACCAUUUUCGUCGAUUUGCUUUUGUUUACAUCAUUGUGAGAGCAUGCCAAAAAAAUUACAUGACAUUUGCCUCUAAUUUUUUUUUUCGUUUCCAGUUCCCCAAUAGUGACACAAAAUCAUAGCGGAAAUUGUUAAUUUUUUAGCGAAAAGCAGAACUAGACAAAGUUAACGAUAACUUUAUCUAAAUGUACGGUUAGAUUUACGAUAUAUAUUUAUUACUCUAUCUAGAAGUCGCAAAAUACUUUGGAAAAGUGAAAAAUAAACCAUGUAAAUCGG